AUGAAUUGCCCCAAGCCCCACACCGCUUGGGGUCUAGAGGCUGAGGAGACUAGGGCCAUCCUAGCGCCAUUGGACCCGUCCACUAUGCACGAAACGCGAUUGCGUCGUUUCAUGGAUUCAUCCUUAGUCUCUGCCACAGGUGGGGGCAUCCCCCGUCGUGACAUCUUGGCUGGCCGAUGGACUCCGUGA